AUGGAGAGGGGCAAUCACACUGUGACUGAGUUCAUCUUGGUGGGCUUCACAACAGACCCUGUGAUGCAGUUGAUCCUAUUUGUGGUGUUCCUUGGUGUGUACUCUGUGACUGUGAUGGGAAAUACCACACUCAUAGUGUUGAUCUGUAAUGACUCCAGGCUCCAUAUACCCAUGUAUUUCUUCAUUGGGAAUCUAUCUUUCUUGGAUCUCUGGUAUUCUUCUGUCUACACCCCAAAGAUCCUAGUGACCUGUAUCUCUGAGGACAAAAGCAUCUCCUUUGCUGCCUGUGUAGCUCAAUUCUUCUUCUCUGCUGGGUUGGCAUACAGUGAGUGUUAUUUGUUGGCCACCAUGGCUUAUGACCGCUAUGUGGCCAUCUCCAACCCCUUGCUUUAUGCUCAGGUCAUGUCAAAAAGACUGUGCACCUAUUUGGUUAUAUGUUCCUACAUUGGAGGUUUUGUCAAUGCAGUAAUACUCACCAGCAACACGUUCACAUUGGAUUUUUGUGGUGACAACGUCAUUGAUGACUUUUUCUGUGAUGUCCCACCUCUGGUGAAGUUGGCAUGUGAUGUGAAAGAG